CUCUUCCAGUGCGUGUCAGGGCCACUCUGGAGGCCGGCCAGGGCGGCUCCAGUCUGCUGCCUUCGCCCCUUGUGUGAGCAUCAGAAGGCGUGUGCAACAGGGCACACGCCUUCGCCUUGGAGGCCACAGCAGCCUGAUCAACAGCCCGCGAGGCGCACAACAGCAAGUCGUCGUGGGAGCGUCGUGCUCACCAUGGCGGCGGCAGCGGCGGCGGUGGAGGCGUCGAUACAACAGCUGCUGGCGCAGUCGGUGCAGGAGGGCCUGCUGGACGACCAGUUCCUGCAGCUCAUACAGCUCCAGGAUGAGAGCAACCCUGACUUUGUGCUGGAGGUGGUGGAGUUGUACUUCGAGGACAGCGCCACCAAGAUCGACACCCUGCAGCAGAAGCUGGCGGAGGCAGCGCCCAGCUACGCGCAGGUGGAUGCGCUUGUGCACCAGUUCAAGGGCAGCAGCGCCAGCUUCGGCGCACACACCAUGGCCAUGCUGUGCGUGCAGCUGCGGGACGCCUGCCACGCGCACAACCAGGCAGCCUGCCAGCAGCUGGUGGCGCAGCUGCGCGACAGCUUUGCCGUGCUCAAGGCCCGGCUGGAGCAGUUCAUGGCGCUAGAAACCCAGCGCAAGCAGCUGGGCGGGCAAUAGCCACCGCCCGCGGCUGCUGCACCGCCAGCGCCAGCGGCAGCAUGCCUGCCGCUCCCGCCGCCGCCGGCCCGCGGCCGGCCGGGCAGCGGGGCGGCACGUGG